AUGGGGUUCAUCAGCUCUUGGUUUGAAGUCGUGCUUCUGUGGAGCCUUUGUUCCAGCGUUUGGAGUACUGAGAAAUGUGCUAUCAUAGAAAGAAUUCCUAAUAUAACAAGGAACGAGGCAAAAUGUGAUGGUGUCACAGAUUUGAAGAAGGAUUUGGCUGGGCUUCCAACGGAUCUAUUGUCUCUCCAAAUUACAUACGGAACAACAGGUGUCAGUCUGCUCUUACCCAACACAUUUUCUGCAUUUCACAAUUUGGAGCGUCUCUCUAUUUCUGGAUGCCUCACUCAGAUUCUUCCAGCAGCAUUUCAAGGGCUCAGGAACCUGCAGAUGCUGACCUUAAAGUCAUGUACAGGCCAAGAUUGUUUCAAAACAUCUAUCAAGUCAGGUACAUUUUCUGACCUGCCCAAACUGGAAUCAUUGCAACUAACUGGAUAUAGAAUUUCUGAAAUAAUGCCUGAAGUCUUCAGUGAAAUUCCACAACUGAAAUCUCUUGGAAUAGAUCAUUGUUGUAUCCAGGAAAUAACAGAUGUAAUCUGUAGAGUAAUCAAUGUCACAUCACUGAGGAAGCUUUAUAUUGCAGAGAAGAACAUACAAACCCUAAAAUACCAAAACUGUUCAUCAAUGAACAUGACAGUUGGUAAGCUACCUACUUUUCACAGUGUUUAUUUAAAUUUUCGUAAUAUAAGCUAUAUAGAGAAAGAUGCACUUAAAUACUUCAGAGAUGUAUCAUCCCUUGCUUUAACUGAAAGCAAAUUGUUAAGUCAGCUUCCAUUGUCUGGUAUGAAGAAUGUCGAUGACUUUUCUUACAACUUUCCUGCAGAAGUUGAUUUUGAAAGCAUUUGUAAAACAGUGUCUAUGUUCUCAGUUAAAAGUCUGUUUUUGACGUAUUACAAUAUCAGUAACUACACAGACUCUACAUUUAAACCCUGUCAAGGACUGAAAGGAAUGUCAUUAUUUGGUUUAUCAGACCAUACAUCAGUUGUCAGUUUGGAUUUAAACUUUAUUCACGAAUGGAAAAAUCUCACCAAAUUAGCAGUUUCAAAUAAUGCCUUCAAUACUUCAAAAUUAUGGUUAAUUUGUAAACUGCCGGGCCAAGUCACAUGGUUAACUACCCUAUUAUUAACAAAUAGUAAAAUAAACUUUAUUCCUGCGAGACAGUUCUUUUGCUUGGUGAGUUUAGAAUAUUUUGAUUUGUCAAGUAACUUAAUUGACAGGAUUGCAAAUUAUGCUUUUCAAGGAUUGGUUCAAUUGCAAUUUUUAAUGCUUAAAAAAAAUAAGAUUUCAUAUAUUGCAACACGCGUUUUUUCUGAUUUGCACAAUUUAAAAUCCCUCAUACUCGAACAAAAUCCUUUGAAACACAUUGAGGAGAACACUUUCAGAAAUCUAGCCUCUCUUCAGUUGCUUUCUAUAGGAAACCUUCAACCUCAAGAUUCUGAGUCAACAGUAAAACUGAACAUGACUUAUAUAUUUAACAACAUUCCAAGGGGAUUAACAAAUUUAACCAUUAGUUCUGGGAGAUGGCCUAUACAUGUAAUUAUUGGCAGUAACAGCAAACCUAAAGCAAGGCUUGGAUUCCAUAUAACUGGGAAGAUAGUUUCCUUUGAUGACUGCAAGAGACCAUUUUUUGAAUCCAUCAUAAAUGUUUAUGCCGAGACAGACCAGUUACUCUGUGGUUCUCAAUUCAUGGGAAAGUACUUUCCAUUUGUUGAAGACUUUGAAUAUGUUUCCAGCUUAACAGCUAAUUUUCUUGAUUUAACUGAACUGAAUAGCCUAGUCCAUUUAAGGAGAUUGGUCAUUUGCAACGUAGACUUUAAUCUUCAACAUAACCUUGAUGUCAUGUUUCACAACCUAAGUAAGCUAGAAAUAUUAACUUUGUUUGACUGCCGAAUUGAUUCCUUGGAGGGAGGCCUGACCAGAGACCUCAGAUCGUUGACAGUGGUAUUUUUAAAAAUUAGUAAUACUUUCAGUAUAAUGGAAAGUUUUACUGAACACUCAAAGCAUCUAAAGUAUCUAUACAUUUAUCGAUCCAAACUUUACUGCCAUUGUGACAAUGCUUGGCUCAUUCUAUGGGCAAAACAACAGAGGCAAACUGAAGUCAUAAUGGGUCCUUCAAAGGAGAACAUGAGUUGUGAAGGAGAACAUAGCAACUUGAACUUUGUGAAAUAUGUGGAGGAUAACUGCACUACAGAGGUGGAGUUUGUGCUGUUUCUGUCAACGGCCUUAGGGUUGGUCUUUUUCAUUCUGGUUGUCAUGGUUCACAGCCUGGCUAGUGAUUACCUCAUUGCUCUCUUCCACAUUGCCCAUGGUUGGCUGGAUGAGGCUCUCCAUCCUAGAGCUGGGAGACACUAUCGCUUUGAUGCUUUUGUGUCUUACUGUGGGAAGGAUGAGCGUUGGGUAUUUGAGGAGCUGCUGCCCAACCUUGAGGAGCGAGGCCCCCCUUUCCUGCGCCUCUGCCUGCACAAUCGAGACUUUCAGCUGGGGAAAGACAUCGUGGACAAUAUCACAGACAGCCUGUACAGCAGCCGCAGGACCCUCUGCCUGGUCAGCCAAAACUAUCUCCACAGCAACUGGUGCUCCCUGGAGCUGAAACUGGCCACACAUCGCCUGCUGGUUGAACGCAAGGAUGUUCUGAUCCUCAUCUUCCUGGAAAAAAUAUCCCCUUUCCAGCUGUCAGCCCACCACAGGCUGGCCAGACUGGUGAAGACCAGGACCUACCUAGACUGGCCACAGGACCCAAAUCAGCGAGCAGUUUUCUGGGACAGGCUAAGGGCUAAACUUGUACCUACUAGUGGAGGAGCAUGAGAUUUCAAUUUACAUAAUCUGGAAAAGUGAGGUCAAAUUGCAGUCUUAUCCUGGAACUAUUUUUAUUAUUAUUCAUCAGCAUUGUACAUAACAUUUACUACUUUCACUCUGGUAUUUUUUCUACGAACAUAGGAUGUACUCCUGUUAAUUUCUCAACAUAAUCAAGAGAAAAAGAAAAUAAAUGGCUUAAUACACUCAUAA